AUGCCACCAAAGGGAUGGAAAAAGAAUGCAGAUCCAAGUGAGCAGCCUUUCAGGGAGACUGAUAUAGUAUCAAUAGACGACAUUUUGUUUCCUAAAUCAACAAUUCUGAAGUUGGCGCGAUCAAUCACCUCAGAUGAAGAUAACCAUAAUAAUAUGAAUUUAGCUAAGGACUCGCUAUUAGCAUUGCAAAGAUCGGCAACUGUGUUUGUGAGCUAUAUGCUAUUUCAUGCAAAACUGGUGUCGAAAGCAACUGGGAGAAAAACGGUUACUGCUCAAGAUAUAAUGAUGGCUUUGGAACGAGCUGAGUUUGCUGGAUUUCUCCCGGAGGUUAAGGAACGAUUAGGGGAAUUUGAGUUGUCAGCAAAAGCAAAAAAACAAAAGAAGUUGGAGACAAAGAGCUCGGUCCAAGAGGAGGAAGGUGUGCAGAAGAAGGCAAAGGUGGAGAGUUCGAGUGGUGGGAUUGCCUCACAUAAAGUCGUUGCAAGUGAUACAGAGGAUGAUGGUGACAAUGAUGACGAAGAAGAAGAAGAAGAAGAGGAGGAGGAGGAUGCUGGAGAUAAAGUAGGUAGGGAAGGGCUGAGCGAUGAGAUCGAAGAUGGGCUGGAUGGUGAGGAGAACGAUGCAACAAAUCCUAUAUCGCAGCUUGCUAAAGAAGAACAGGAAUUGCGUGGAGAGGACAUUGAGGAAGCUAGGCAAAGUCAUGAUGAUGAGGAAGAAGACGAGGAUGUAGAAUAG